AGUGUAAACAAAAGUAAAUAAACUAUAAUAAAAAUGUCGAUUAGAUGUCUAGAAUUGGAGUUGCAGUGCGCGGGCUGGCUGCGUUUGGGGCGGACCGGUGUGCGAUACAUUCGGAUUCUCGGCGAUCGGCCAUUCUGUAACCGCGCGUGCGAUGGGCGGCCGCGCUUGACGCUACACAGUAUAUAUUUAUAAUCUACCCACAACCGCCUGCAAUUUUAUAUUAUGCUCAAGUAAUAGUGCAGAUUUUCAAACGGUUAAACGUGACAAUAAUUCUAAGUGGGACAAUAAAGGACAAUAGUGAUAGUGUAUGGACCUAUGUGAACAUUACAAACUUCAUGAGUUCACCAGAAAUUAAAAUGUCAUUGGAGCAUCAAAUACCGGUGUUGAUGAAAAAGACGCAGAUGAGUGGUGAUCGCGCCGGUUCCCAGUGCGGCCUGACAUCGCUACUGCCCAUGUCUUGUCGCGGACGCGCUGCGGCGUUUGCACGCGACCUACACUCAAGACUUCGCAACCUUGGCGCCGCGCAAGAUGGAGAAUGUGAGAACACCUGGCUCACGCAUGACAACGGCACACACCGACCAUCCACAUCUACACAACGUGAUCUCGAUACUUUCUACGAUUUUGAGUUGGAGUGCGAGAGCCCCUCAAGCCCCGUAGAUGAUGAUGAAGCCCCUUUCCCUCAACGACUUUCAGAAGACACCGAACCGCCUUAUUACGACGUCAACAGUGACGAACUCAAGGAACAAACUAAAUUAAUGUUAAAGCAACCCGAUAAUGGUAAAAAUGGAUUUAAAUUCUCAACAGCUUUUUACACAGAAUCGCCUAUUAAAAUGCAGCCAACGCCUAAAGAAAACGGGCAUGCAGAUAAACCCUUAUACUCUCCAAUAACGUUUGAAGGUUGUGCACGACAUAAUAGUUACGAUGAAAUAGAUUGCUCCAUAUCACCUAUAACCCUCGGGGAAAAUGGCAGGAUACACUUACCUAAUCACAUAAGUUCUACCGUUGAUAGCGAUUCUGAAUUCGAAUCUGCUAAAAGUGAACCUUCUGAUGCAGUUGAAGAUGAUUUUCAAAAUGAAAAAUGUUUAGAAAACGACAUUCAUGCUGAUGUAGAAAACUUAUCACUCAUUGAUGUAGAGCUACCAGAUGAAGAAACUACAAUUGAAACAAAAGAGAUAUUGGAACCUGAAAGUAAAGUAAACGAUGGAAUUAUUCAGGACGAAGCAGACAUAUCCGAAUUAUGUGUUAAUGAAAAAGAGCCUUCGCCUGCUGAAACUGAGCAAUCGCUUGUAAAUAAUGAGUCUCAAGUCGAUGAAGAAGCUGAAGAUGACAGACCACAGCGAGUACGUCGCUGUUCAUCAUUAAAAACUGGGAAAACUCCUCCUGGAACACCGGGACGUAAAAAAAUUGUUCGAUUUGCUGAUGUGCUGGGUUUAGACUUGGCAGAUGUAAAGACAUUUAUGGAUGAGAUUCCUGUAAUUCCGAAAUCUGCUUACGAUGAUCUCGCUGGAUGUGAUGUACAAAAUUCACCGCCAGUGCGACCAACUCCAAGACUUGGUGCUCUAACGUUGGUACCCCUGUUUCAAGUGCCUCACGACGUAACUGAUAAACUCGAAAGACAAAAUGUAUGCUUAGAAAGUGCAAGAGUAUCUGAUGGUGUUCAUGUUACAGUAUGUGGCUCAGUUCGGGUACGAAACUUAGACUUUCAUAAAACUGUCCACAUUCGUUAUACAAUGAAUCGAUGGAGAACUUACACGGACCUCCAAGCGACGUAUGUUCAGGGUUCAUGUGAUGGCUACUCUGACCGCUUCCAGUUUGUUUUAUACGCACCAUGUAUAGCUUCAGGACAGAGGUUGGAAAUUGCAGUGAGAUUUCAGUGUAAGGGACAGCAGUUUUGGGAUAAUAAUAGCGGAGCAAACUACUGUUUUGAUUGCUUAGCUUUGGGGGCAACACUAAAUCCACCUUCGCCCCCGGGCGCUCUUCACCCUACUCUGGACUGGCAUCCCUCCUUCUACUGAUGCGAUUUAGCUAGCUUGAAGCGUAUGAAAAUGAAUACGUCGAUGGAGUUACAGAGAACAUUGGUGGAGUGUCCGGCAGGUCCUGGUUCGACUGUGUGUAUGCAAGGCGGCUCGCAGGACGCCUGUUGCUAGUCACAUUCCUGUGCCUGCUUUCAUUGCUGUCGGUUCCUACACGAGAGAACUUGGCGUACUAAAUUAUUGAGGCUUCAGAUGUAAAGCAAUGUUGUGAUAUACUUUAGAUUAGGUGUAGAUACUAUGUAACGAGUGAACGACUCGUGAAGAGUGCCAUUUGCAAUAAUUAUCACUUAUUUUGAUGAUUUCUCAUUAUUCGUUGAUAGAUGUACGUCCGCAGGACAAUAAAACUCAAUUAUAAGCGUGAAGUCAGUUAUGGGAGAGUAAGGAUGACGCAUGCGAGCUGCCCUCAUGGUUCCUUUUAAUGUUUGUAUAUAGGUUGAGAGGUGAUUUUGAAAGAUUGAAAUAUUUUAUUAGAGUUUUAAGGAAACUGUUAGCCUUAUAAUAAGCAGUAUGUUGAAACAUCACUUAGAUAGACUGUCAUAAAUAAAAAGUAGGUAUUAAAAUAUUAAUCUAAAUAAGAGAUGGCAACGUGUCAUCUAUAUAAUAUAUUGUUAUUUUAAUAAAUGUUGAUUUGAGAUGUAACUCGUAAAUACAAUGUAUAAAUAAUGUUAAUUAAUCUCUGUAAAAAUGAUAUAUCAACUCUGUUUCAAUUUUGUAUGAUUUUAACUGAUAUACUGUUUUCUAUUUUUAUAAUAAACAAUAAAACAUCAAUCCAUGACAAAUAUACCUAAUUAUAUAACUUGAAAAAUAUUUUGUUUACUGAUAUUUUGAGAUUCUAUUUUAUAAAGAGACUAUUAGGGAUUAUGAAAUUAAAUUAUUAUUAUUAUAUUUAAGAAAUCAGCAAUAUUUAUUAGGAAUCAUUUUCAUAUUUGUACCUGAAUUCUGUAAUGCGGCCAUUUUAAUUUUUAUAUUUACAUUUAAAAAUUAAUAUGCCUUUGUACUGAUUUAUAAUUGAUUAUUGUAUUUUAAAUUAAUUAAUUGACAGUUGUUUUAUUGAUAAACAAUUCUAAUAAACGAAUGUGCAUAAUAUU